AUGAGAACUCUUCCGUUCUUGAGAGCUGAGCUGCUCAGCCUACUGCUCGAGGCGCUACUGUUUGGGUGCUUCGCCAUUCUGUACCCCAUAUCCUUGUGGAUAUUAGUGUAUCGACAUAGGCGCGACGGCCGCCGGUACACCAGGCACGGGAUAUGGCUCUUCUCCAUCGUCACGGUGAUGUUCCUGCUCGCUAUGAUACAUCUCAUCUUUAACGGCCUAGAUUGCCUCAUAAUGUUCGCUGACCACAGUACGACAGCCGACGGCCCUUACCUUUUCUACAUCUCUGGGAGGGAAGAUGGUACCGCGAUCCCGAAUAUGUUGUUCGUGGUAGCAGUCACGUUUGUCGGAGAUAGUUUCAUGACAUAUCGGGUGUUCACAAUGUGGGGCCGCAGCUGGAAAUCUAUCUUCAUUCCUACUUCGCUCAUCCUGGGGGCCGUGGGCAAGUUCUCUGUCGUCCUUCUCAUGCUCGAAGCCCAUGUUUCCGGGCUCCCUCUCGCGCAGGCCCUAUACAUCGACAAGGUGAACGCAAUGAUGACAACCUACCUGGCUCUAGUCCUCGCGACGAACAUAGCUACCGUAGCCCUUAUCAUCGGCCGGUUGAUGUGGCACGAGAGGAUGGUCCGCCUGCACCAUGUAGACGAGAUCUCCGGCCCCUCCAUACAGCGGACGGUCGUGCGAACGAUCAUCCAAUCGGAGGCCUUGUACUCUGCCACGAUCGUCGGUACUCUCGUGUCCUGCGCCGCUCGCUCCGAGGCCUUCUUCGUAUGCACAUCUAUGGUUGCGCCCCUUGUUGGAAUCUCAUUCACCCUCAUCAUCACCCAUAUUGGGUUUGACGAUAUCAAGAGACAGAUGACAGAGGCUAACAACGCGGAUCUUUCGAGGCUGGACUUUCAACGGGUGGUUGACAGCUCUGGGGAAGACUCGUCGCGGUCUAUCAUUGUCCCAGCAACCCUCGUACUCUCCAACUCAGGCGACUCAGAGAAAGGCGUGCCUGUCGACGGAACCACGAAACACGACAACUCUACCCCCUCCAGGAUCAAGACGGUUCGGGCUGCUGCCACCUGA